GAUUCUGCAGACUGUCGAGGGUUCAGCCUCCUGUGACCGACCCCACCGGUUGUCACCCCAACCGUGUUUUGGCCAAAGCCGGACUGUGAGCCUGUGAUUUGACUUGUGAGCAUGGCGGAUCAGUUUUCGAGCGAGCAGAUUGCGGAUUUCAAGGAAGCCUUCAGUCUGUUCGACAAGGAUGGAGACGGAAACAUCACGACCGAAGAGCUCGGAACGGUGGUUCGUGCGAUCGGGCAAAAUCCGACAAAGGCGGAGAUAGAAGAAUGGAUCAAGGAGGUGGACAUCAGCGGUACCCACUUGAUCGAGUUCCGCGAGUUUCUGAAUCUGUUGACGAAGAAGGCGAAGCCUAAUAAUCUGGAAGAAGAUCUGAGGGCCGGGUUCAGGGUUUUCGCCAAGGACGACCCGAACGGUCAGAUGUCGGUAGAGGAGCUCAAGCACGUGCUCACGGCCAUCGGCGAAACGCUCACGGAGGAGGAGGCGACGGAAAUGCUGAAAGAAGCGGAUGCCGACGGAGAUGGGAAGAUCAACAUGGAGGAGUUUGUGAAGAUGAUGACGUCCUAGUUUCCGCUGGGGAAGCGGAAGCCGAAGCCAGGGACGUGCUAGUGUGAGGAGCUCAAGCACGUGCUCACGGCCAUUGGCGAAACCCUCACGGAGGAGGAGGCGAUGGAAAUGCUGAAAGAAGCGGAUGCCGACGGAGACAGGAAGAUCAACAUGGAGGAGUCUGUGAAGAUGAUGGCGUCCUAGUUUCCCAGCUGGAGAAGCUGGAGCUGAAGCCAGGGACGUGCUAGUGUGACUUGCUCCGUAUGGCCGCAAUGGAAAAUGGAGAAAAGCGUGCAUGGAUCUGGACGGAAAAACACUGGUAUGCUCUGGGGAAAAAAGAAAAAAGAAAGAAUGUAACAUUCUUAUGAAAGUGUAGCGGUGUACCGGGAGAUAUUGUGUUGCAUGGGGGUGAGUGAGAGCUGUACGACUUUGACUCGCUAACAGAUAGCCCUGCUAUUCUUUGGGGCAGCCUCACUUGAAUGAUUUUGCCCAGUCCAGAAAGAGCGUAACUUUGACGUCGAAGGAGUCUCUCUGACGAAGAAGUUGAAUGGAGUCUGGCAAAGAAGUACGAUGAGGGAAUGCGGCGAAAAAGAAGCGCGACUUCUUCGUCCAGUUUGAUUUGCAGAGGGUCGAUACAUGCCGGCUGAAAAGAAACGCGACUUCGCCCAGCUUCAUUCGCAGACAUUCGAUGCGUUUUGGCGGAAAGGGAGCUCUACUUCAUCCAGAUUGAUUCGCAUAGGGUCGAUGCGCAUCAGAGAGCUAAGCAGCUUCACCGCCGUCGGGUUUGGGACAGGUUCGAUGCAUCCGACCUCGAACUUUGAUGUGUUUUCUGUUUCGGGAAGUGUAGCAGUCUUUAAGCUUUUUUAGUGAAUGCUUUGUCUGACACGAGAGCGAGCGAGUGAGAGAGAGACAGAGAGAGACAGAGAGAGAGAGAGAGAGAGACACACACACACACACACACCACACACACGCACACACACAGAGAGAGAGAGAGAGAGAGAGAGAGAGAGAGAGAAGAGAGAGAGAGAGAGAGAGAGAGAGAGAGAGAGAGAGAGAUGCAUUGAGGUUCCGAAAUGCCGUAGCAGUGUAGAUGAGGCAGAGUGAAGCGGGAGAGAGGGAGAGUGAAGAGGGAGAGAGGGAGGGGAUUGCUAGGUAAUCUUGUGACGCCUCUGGAUUGGUUCUUCUCUUCUUUGCGUUUCGUUUUUUCACCUUUUUUUUUCUGUUUGUGAAGUUGGAAAUUGGAAAUGCGAAAAGGAGUUCUCAGUUGAGAUGACGACCAUUUAUUUUGUCUGUGAAGCUUGAACUGUGAAGUCGUCUGCAGGUGAGAAAGAAUGUAGAGAUGUAUGUUGGGAUGUCAGAUGUCGGACAGACACGGCCAAACAGACGAGCCAAACAGACGAGCAAAGGAAGCGACAGAGAAAUAGACAUGUGGAUUUUAUUCGGAAGGGACAGAGGACAGACGGGCAAAAAAAAAUUCAAUUGUCUUUGAUGUCCGGGGGAGGAAUGAAUUUUGAGCAAAAGAAAAAAGAAAAAAAAAAGGUCUAGGCGAGAACGUCAGGGGUAUAGGUUGGCAUGUCAGAUGCCAGAUGUCAGACAGAUGAAGCGAAAGACGGAUACUAGACGGAGGGUAGACCGAUAGACGGAGGGACAUACCAAUAGACGGGACGUAGAGGAGAGACCGAGAGACGGAGGUACAGACCAAUAGAUGGGGGGAGGGGACACAACAACAGACGUAGGGAUAGAACAAUGGACGGAGGGAUAUAUCAAACACAUGUUUAUAUAAAGAGGCAAAGGGGCAGAAGACAGACUGAUAGGCGGAGGGAGAAGACGGAUAUAGACGGAUAUAGACGGAGGGAACAACAGAUGCAUACAUGUUUGCGAAGAGCCAAAGGGGCAGAGGAGAGAGACUUGGUCAAAUAGCCUGUGUGUCACAUCGUAGGAGAAUCCCUUGAGCUGUUCUGGGAAGACCAAUACGUGUUGUAGUGUU